CUUACUAAUUAAAGUUUUAAUUUCUGGUUCAUCAUAAACCCUAAACCCUUCCUCCCGUCUUGCUUCUGCUGAGUUAAGAAACUUUAACAUCUUAUGUAAUCAAAUAAGCUUCAUUUUCUACUUUUCCUUAAUUUUUUUAUAGUUCAAAAAUGGCUUCCCUUCUUGAAGCCUCUUCCAAUGUAUUUCGGUCUGAGAAGCUACCGUUCUUGUGUAGAGGCAAGACAAGACAAUGUAUUCUUCCAAAGAGAGCAGCUUUUCGUUUGGUCCCAGUCGCAUUUUCCUCAUCUAUGUCAACCGGAGCCGUUGAACAUGACCAGAAAUCUAAUUCAUCAGACAUCGCCAUCCCAAUCAUGGUAAAUGGUUGUACUGGCAAAAUGGGAAAGGCUAUUAUCAAAGCUGCAAAUUCUGCUGGACUUCAUAUUGUUCCUGUUUCUUUUGGUGCAGAGAAGGAGUCUGGGCUGACUGUUGAAAUGUGUGGGAAAGAGAUUCUGGGUCAUGGGCCUUCUGAAAGAGAAAGCAUCCUUGCUUCCGUCUUUCAGGAGUAUCCAAACCUGGUUGUAGUAGACUUCACUGUGCCUGCCACAGUUAAUGAUAAUGCUGAGCUAUAUUGCAAAGUUGGAGUGCCUUUUGUGAUGGGAACCACUGGUGGAGACAGGGAUCAACUCUAUAAGACUGUUGAAGAGUCCAAGGUUUAUGCUGUGAUCUCGCCACAAAUGGGGAAACAGGUUGUUGCCUUUCUUGCAGCCAUGGAGGUCAUGGCUGAGCAAUUUCCGGGGGCCUUCUCUGGAUAUUCUCUGCAGGUGAUGGAGUCCCAUCAAGCAAGCAAAUUGGACACCUCUGGGACUGCUAAGGCUGUAAUUUCUUGCUUUCAGAAAUUGGGGGUGUCAUUUGACAUGGAUCAGAUACGAAUGAUCCGGGAUCCCAAGCAGCAGAUUGAGAUGGUAGGAGUUCCAGAAGAGCAUUUGUAUGGUCAUGCUUUUCAUUUAUAUCAUCUAACAUCACCUGAUCAAACAGUGUCAUUUGAGUUUCAGCAUAAUGUUUGUGGCAGAUCGAUAUAUGCUGAGGGUACUGUUGAUGCUGUACUUUUCCUUGCUAAGAAGAUACUGCUCAAGGGUAUGGAGAGUUUUCCUUUACGGGUUCCAGCCAAUGAAAAAUUGGUUAAGUCAAAGGCAGACAAGCGAAUAUACAAUAUGAUUGACGUCUUGCAGGAAGGUAACAUGCGAUAAAGAUGUUAUCUAUGCAUUUUGCUGUUUGAGUGUAGUAUCUUGCUCAAUCAAGAUGUUUAGGAUCAUGAGACAUAAGUGAGGCAAUUUUGCACCAAUGGUGUAGGCACUCACCUUUCUUUGCAGUUAGCUGUCUCUAUUAGUGUAAGAAGUGCAAUAUCAUGAUUCAUGAUGGAUAAUCUUAUUAAACAGUGGCUAGCAAUGGUUAAUGUUGGCCAAAUUUGACUUUUUUUGGGUGUCUUGGAAGCAUAGUCACUGUUUUCAUCUUUCAUUUAACCUAUAAAUAUAAUUAAGUUGGUUUUUGAUGGAACCUAUAAUUAAUUUGUUUACUAUUCUUCACUGUUGCAAACUUCAAAGAAAAUUGGACAUAAAAAGAAAAAAAAAGGAAAGAAAACGAGGGCCUCAGGCCCCAAAAGACACUUUAAAGCCCUAAAGGCUGAAGAGGAACUCAGCCUCUAGGCUCACAAUUGUAGCCAUAGAUUUAGUAGCUGCAGCACCCCAAAAAAACAAAAAGGACAGAUCCUGCAAGG